CGGCAAUACAAAUAUCCCACAUAGACCUGCACCAUCUUCCACGAAUCAGUUUGUUUUCGGCUCACGACAGCUUCUAUGUCCAAACUUCUGUAGAUGAUCAUGACCACAAGACCACCACUGCUGAGAAACCGCAUUCCUUACCAUGGACGACUGAGCUAAAACUCCGUCGUCCAUAAUUUCCCUCAAAGUCUUCGCAAAACGUUGUCUCCAUGGAGAUCAGUACAUCGGUAUGGUACAAGAAGGUGUCGAGGCGCUUCUCGCUCAUUCCAGCACUAAAAUCUACCACCUUGUGUCUUUUGACGGUCAUGGCAACAAACAUCACCUUGGUGCUAGCAUGGAAUUCAAUAUCAAGCCUCUUCAUAAUGCCACUGGGCAUAGCACGACUCGGCACGACUCAGGCCAGCACGCCCGGACAAUUGAUGCUCCUAAUCAGAUUAUAUCAUAUGUGCCGCCCAUGGGAGGUUUAAGUGAACCAUUGAAAGCGGCUGCUGAGCAAGUCGCCAGUGUAGCUGCCUCAGAAGUCCUUACUCCACUCUUGGACAAGAUCAAAAUUUUCGUCCAGCUUGCUGGCAGGUUCGCCGAGGCUCAUCCUUACACCAAAAUGGCGUUUAUGGUUCUCACUGCAGUAUAUCAGGUGGUGGAUGCACAAUUUGCCCGAGAUCGAAGUAUCCAUCAGCUCGUUACUGUUAUGCACGAAACCUACAGCCUUGUCUCUGGCGUGGAGGAACUGAAAAGGGUCGAAUCGCAAGAAAAGACUAUCAACUCACUCGCUCGCCAGACGAUCGAGUGCUCCUACUUUAUCCGUGACUACUUGCAGAACAGGAGCGGAUGGAAACAAAGCUUUUCGAACGCGUUGUCCGACAUCGAUAAUAAAAUUGAAAUAUACGAAGCAACGUUUAAAGAACUCAAGAAUGCCAUACAACAUCAGGCUACAAUUCAUACGCAACUCUAUGUCCUUCGUGUCUAUGAUAUGUUACUUGACCAUGUCGUGAAAGCAGACCUUGACGCCAUGCAUUAUGCUAUUGGCGCUUCGAUCGAAUCACAGAAGAUGGCAGAUACACCCCCACAAACCGAAAUUGUGGAGUCAAUAACUUCAUGGGUCAAUCAAAACGAUGAACAGAUUUACCUCUUAUUAGGUCCAGAGGGGACCGGAAAAUCCAUUAUCGCAUGUUCCAUUGCACGCCAAUUCGGCGCAAUCAUGCGUCUCGGCUCGUCGUACUUUUUUUCGCGCGUCGCCAAGGACAAGCGAAAUGCUACGAAUUUGUUCAGCACGAUCGCACGGGACCUUGCUGAUCAUGACCCUCAGUAUAUGAAGGCUCUCUGGGGCACCGUGAAGAACAAGCGCGCUUUACGUGACACGAUCGACCCACUUACUCAGUUCAAUUGCUUUAUCCUUAGUCCUGCAAGUCAAAUGACAUGGAUUGGCCCUGUGCUGGUGGUCAUCGACGGGUUGGAGGACAGCGGUAGCGAGUCAGAUCGUAAUGACCUCCUGAUUGCGCUCGCAGGGAAAGGAGCAGAGCUACCCCGUAAUUUCAAGUUACUGGUCACUUGCCGGCCAGAGCAGGACAUUUGCGCUGCUUUCGAAGGAAAAACUCACGUUAUACAGAGGCAUUUAAAACGUCAUACCAACUCACUCUUCACUUCGCCACCAACAUCGGAGAAGCACCAGACAAGCAAGCCUAGGUCUCGCCCUCCUACCCCUCCUCUGUCUAUCCCUGAAUUUACGCGAUACAACUCUUCACUGUUGGUCGACUCGUCGAUGACUGGCACAAGUGACUCCACUCCGAUAUCGGAUAUCUCGGCAGGCUCAGCAGUCUCCACUGUGUUUGACCCCUGGGAUGACAGCUGUGACUCUACCGAGUCCCCUUCUUCCAGUACCAGGAGUAAAGAGUUCAUCACGGUAGAGCAGAUCUCCGAGACUGGUGGCCGUACCAUUAGAGGAACCAAUUUAGAGAAGCUCAAUAACUGGAUCGUCAAUCACAGAGCCGACGAAUGAUUUGCCGCCGAUAGUUGGGUUAUCCGGGUGCAGUAGUCGUCUCCCCCAACGACCUCGCCAGAAGCAGGUUCGGGCAAAGACUCUUGUCCGUCACUCCACGAAUGUGGAUAGGGCGGAAAUUUUGGGUCGGGACAAUAAUCUCGCACGGUGAUACUAGCUACCAAAUACUACGC